AUGAGCUCCGAAGGAGAAAAGGCCAGAACCUCUGGCGAGGUCUCCCGCCCGGAGCCUACCCUGCCUACUGUUAACCCGGCCGCUGAGAGGGCAGAGCCUCCCAAGGCUGCCUUCCACCCCGCGGUUUAUGUGACCGUUUGGAUUACUCUGAGUUCCAGCGUCAUUCUGUUCAACAAGCACAUCCUCGAUUAUGCUCAGUUCCCUAUUAUCCUUACCACAUGGCAUUUGGCAUUCGCGACCUUCAUGACCCAAAUUCUCGCCCGCACCACCACUUUACUCGAUGGCCGGAAAACUGUUAAGAUGACUGGUCGUGUUUAUCUCCGCGCAAUCGUACCUAUCGGUCUUUUCUUCAGUUUGAGUUUGAUUUGUGGCAAUGUGACCUACUUAUACCUCAGUGUUGCAUUUAUUCAGAUGCUCAAGGCUACGACUCCGGUCGCUGUGCUGUUCGCCACCUGGGGAAUGGGCAUGGCUCCUGUAAACUACAAGGUGCUCAUGAACGUUUCCCUGAUUGUCAUUGGUGUCAUUAUUGCAUCUUUCGGUGAGAUCAAGUUCGUCCUCACUGGAUUCCUCUUCCAGAUCGGUGGUAUCAUUUUCGAGGCCACUCGUCUGGUCAUGGUGCAGCGCCUGCUUAGCUCCGCCGAGUACAAGAUGGACCCUCUGGUUUCCCUGUACUACUUUGCUCCCGUCUGCGCUGUGAUGAACGGUGUCACUGCUCUGUUCAUGGAGGUCCCUUACGUUACCAUGGACCACGUUUACCGCGUUGGUGUCUGGACUCUGUUGCUGAACGCUGUUAUUGCCUUCCUGUUGAACGUUUCGGUUGUCUUCCUGAUUGGAAAGACUUCCUCCCUCGUCAUGACCCUCUGUGGUGUUCUGAAGGAUAUCCUCCUGGUCAUUGCGUCGAUGAUGAUCUGGCAGACUCCUGUCACCGGUACCCAGUUCUUCGGUUACUCCAUUGCUCUCAUUGGCCUCGUCUACUACAAGCUCGGUGGUGAUAAGAUCAAGGAAUACACCGGUCAGGCCAACCGUGCCUGGGCCGAAUACGGUGCCAACCACCCCGCCAAGCGCAAGUCCAUCAUCAUCGGUGCUAUUGUCCUCAUCUUCUUCCUGUUGGCUGGAUCCAUGGCACCCAGCUAUGCUGGCGGCUCUGUUGACAGAGUCAAGGGCUUGCUUGGUGGCGCCACUGCUGGGAACGCGUAA